AAAACUGAAGAAGUGGCUGGCUUUUGGAACUCCGAACUAAUAUGUAGAUUGCAUGCCAUGACCUUUAACGGUUUGAUUGAAACUUCUUCUAACGCGUGGAAGCCCAACGAUUGAGGGAGUGCUGUAGGUGGCCGACUGGGGACCUACUUAGGCUGAGGAAGGGUCCAAGUGGUUGAUAGCAGUAAUCAUCAUGAUAUGGUCUGUGGUUGAUAGUCCCUGGGAUUCGGGUGGAAAUAUUCCGGUCAGGAUAGCCAGCCUGAAUCAGAAGUCCAACCGAAUCAGCCUCAACAGCUGUCCAAAGCCACUUGUUCCACUUGUUCACAUAUCCGUCGAGUUGUCUUCUGACAUCUGAACAACAGCGAUCAGCCAUCAGCCAUCAGCGUACGUUCUCGACUUGAACGCCGGGUCUCAUUCAUUCCUUGAUCCCUCCCCCCACCCCAGGCUCGGGUGGGUCUGGGCGUGGUGUGUUGUAUUAGUCCCAGAGAGCGAGCGAGAGAGCACGGAUUUGUUCAGGCCACUCGAAUAUCCAUCCCUAUCCGCCUAUCCGCCUAUUUGCCAGCCAGCCAUAUGGUGGAUGUCCACUGAAUGACAGGACCGAGAAUCAAGCGAAGGAAUGGACGGGACACGCUGAAAGCCAACCUCGCGAUGAGCAUGCCCGGUCGGAUCAAUAUAUAGCUCAGAUCCAAUCGAUCCCAUGAGGGCGGCGCCAGUCCAGGCCGGCCAUGGCCCCCAUGGACCCCAUGGACGGCGAACCUUUGACGAGGCCUCGGCCCAAAUUCAGGCUAAUUUACAACGCCACAUUGCCCGCCAAAAGUCGCAGACGGGUCAGGUGGGCCAUGAGGUCGAUUCCGGAUCCGAGGAUUCGGACUCCAACCACGAUGAGUCCGAUGACGCCCAUCAACGGAUCUUGACCCAAAUGUUCCAAUCCUACGGCCUGUCAGCCGACAAGGUGGAUGACCGCACCCGAUCCGCCGUGUUACAAUCCUUCAGUAGUCGUGGCAACUCGUGUCUCAUCUGCAUUUCCUCCAUGAAAAAAAGUGACCCCAUCUGGAAUUGUCCCCAUUGUUUCUGCUCACUCCACAUCACGUGUGUCCAAAGAUGGGCGCGAGACAGCAUUUUCCAGCAGAAGCAGGACCAAGAACUGAAUAACAGCCCGCGGGAUCAUCGGCACAUCCGCCAAGGCACCGCCCCACACCCGCCUCACGCCGCUCGUUGGUGUUGUCCCAACUGCCGACACGCCUUUGGCCAGCCCGAGAUCCCCACCAAAUAUACCUGCUAUUGCGGCCAAGUGGAUGACCCGGCCUUCGACCCCUGGAUUGUGCCCCAUUCCUGCGGGGAAACGUGUCGUCGCGUGCUUCAACCUGAAUGUGGACACUCAUGUCUGAUUUUGUGUCAUCCGGGGCCCUGUCCGCCCUGUCCCAAAAUGGUCACGGCCCAUUGCUUUUGCCAAAACUCGGCCCCCGCCAUGCGGCGAUGCUUCGAUAAGACUUGGUCGUGUGGCAAACCCUGUCGUAAGGCCUUGAAUUGCGCUCAACACACGUGUCCACUCCCCUGUCAUGAUGGUCCCUGUCCACCUUGUCAAAAGACGUCGGUCCAGUUGUGUCAAUGCCAGCGACACCAAAAAGAGAGUCAAUGCGCCGAGCCCAUCUGGCAAUGUACGGAAAAGUGCGGUCGAAAGCUCAAGUGCGGACACCAUGUGUGCGAUGCAGUCUGUCACAAGGGUACCUGUCCGCCAUGUCCCUUGAGUGAGCUUCGGUAUUGUCCGUGUCGGAAACAGACCUAUCAAUUGGCCUGUACGCUAGCCACGCCCACUUGUGGGGAUACUUGCGGCAAGACUUUGACGUGCGGUCAGCACAUUUGCGCUGAGAGGUGUCACCGAGGAGCGUGCGGGUCUUGUUUACAGAUGAUCAUGAAACCCUGCCGAUGUGGCAUGAAACAGAAAGAGGUACCCUGCACCAAGGACUACGUUUGCGAUUUGAAAUGCCGCCGAAUGAAGGAUUGCCGCAAGCACACGUGCAAUAAGAAAUGCUGUGAUGGCUCGUGUCCGCCGUGCGAACAAUCCUGCGGUAAGAUGUUGAGUUGUAAAAACCAUAAAUGCGAGUCUCGCUGUCACAUUGGGGCGUGCUAUCCGUGCAAUCAGACCAAGGAAGUGAGGUGUAAUUGUGGGGCCAGUCGCAUUCUCGUACCAUGUGGUCGGGAGAAGGUCACCCAUCCUCCUAAAUGUCGGCAAAAAUGUCAAGCCCCUUCCAAUUGCCACCAUCCAGUGCGAACGCCUCACAACUGUCACUUUGGUCCUUGUCCACCUUGUAAGCAGCCUUGCGGACAAACGAUGAGUUGCCAUCACAUCUGCCCAGCCCCAUGCCACGAUCAAGUGAAGGUCAAAAUUAAUUCCGGUAAGAAAGCCGCCGUCCCAUGGGAGGAAACGGGUCCCAAGAUCGAAACCAAAGCCCUGGACUGCCCGGAUUGCCAAGUGCCCGUCCCAGUCACGUGCUUAGGGGGUCACGACACGAGCGAUUUCCCGUGUUUCAUGGCCAAAACCGCAUCUUGCGGUCGGAAAUGUGGUCGUAACCUAGCUUGCGGGAACCACCAAUGCACACGUGACUGUCACAAGGUCAAGCACGCUUCCAACGCCACGGAUGCGGGCACCAAUUGCCGGAAAUGUGAGCUCGAGUGUCAACGGGCCCGUCCCGAGGGAUGCCCACACAUUUGCAAUAGGCCUUGUCAUGGUGAUCCGUGUAAAGAGUGCACUCAAAUGAUCCGGAUUGCUUGUCAUUGCGCAUUGCUCCAGGUCUAUGUUGAAUGUGGCAAGUGGAUCCAAAGUGAAGGCGACCAAAGGGAAGUCUUAGGCUCGUGUCAAAACCAAUGUCCCAAACUCAUGACCUGUGGUCACAGAUGCUCCAAAAUCUGCCAUUCUGGGGCCUGUUCAGAGUCAUCAUCGUGCAAGAAAAAGACCAAGAUCUUUUGCAGUUGUAAGAGGAAAAAGAAAGAGUUUCCAUGCUCGGAUCCCAAUCAGAUUCGCAAACUCUCUUGUGACGGGGAAUGUGCUCAGGCCAAGACCAAGGAUGACGCCGAGGGUAAGGACCUGGAUCCCGAGGAACGUUGGCGAAAAGAGGCUGAAGCGCGAUUACAGCGGGAAGAACUGGAACGCUUCGAGAAGAUGAAGGAGGGCGGCAAGAAACGGAGGAGAAAUCGGAAAGCUCCCAGCGAAAAUGUGGAGCAAGGCAUUUGGGCUCGGAACCACUGGGUCAAGAUUCUAGUCGUUUCCAGUGUGAUGGCGUUGUUCAUGGGCAUGGUGGCGUAUAAAUACAUGUAAUCCUAAUAAAUCGUCACUGUAUAGUUA